UUCAGUCUCAUGUUAACUUCAUAAUCAUACUUUAAAUUAAUAAAUUAAUUAUUUUAUUAAUUUAUAAUUUUUAAAUAAAAAUACUAUGAUUUUUUGUUUGCUUAGUCACGUGUCACUAUGAAUGACAGGUGAAGAGAAUUAGUUGGUUUAUAACCUCGAAGAAAUUACAAAGUAAAUAAACAUGGAAUUGAUCUCGAAUUAUUUAGAAAGUUACGAAGGUAGAGAUAAAUUAUUAAGAACAUUAUCGUAUGCAGCAAAAUUAGCGACUGUGAUACCGAGGUCUGAAGAUGAUAAGAAAAAAUUUAAAAUUUUUGGAAGCCAGAUGAGUAAUUGUCGGAUCAUCCUUCGGCUUCUUGAUGACAUACCCACUCUUAAUUAUGCUAUCAAAUAUGAUUGGACAAACAAGGCAACAGAUCCGUAUAUCAAAUGGCUGGAGAUGAUUGAAAUUAUCGUUGAUGUCGUUUACUCACCUAUUGAAACGAUUUGCUGGGCUGGAGAACAUCAGUUAGUUAAUGUGGAUGUCGAUAAAUGGGACACCAUGUCCACGUGGUUUUGGAUCCUGUCCCUGUAUAUUUCUUUGAUGACGUCCUUGCGUAAAUAUAAACUGCUGUUGAAGCAAAAGGACACCAGUCUCAAGAAUAAGUCUGGUAAUAAAGCUGAAGAAAAAGCUUUGAGACAUAAAAUGCACAAUGAAACAUUAGUUUGCAUCCGUAUGUUACUGGACAUGAGUUAUGCAAUAAGUUAUCUUCCAAAUGGUACUCUUUGGGGCGGCAAACUGUCUACUUGGCAAGUUGGAGCACUUGGAACUGUAUCAUCACUUAUAGGACUCUAUCAAUCACUUAGAAAACGUCUCCAUUAAAGUUUUAUGUAUAAAUAUACCUGAUUAAAUAUCAAAGUAUUUUCAUUUUUUUUCUAAGACCGUUCUCAGACAGUGUCCCGCACUUUUUAAAAAUUUUCAAUGACAACUGUCAAGUGGAUCAAAAUUUUAUCAAUUGAUUUAAAAAAAAUCAAAUCAUUGCUAAAAAAAAAAGGACAAUUUCACUGAGAUAUGGAUUUUAAAAAUUUCUUACAGUCGAUAUCAAUUGGGAGUUAAAAUUAAAAUUUUAUAAAAUUUACUUGAAGAUUUUACUGAAAUUUAUUUUCAAAAUUUCGUUUAACUCCCAAUUAAUAUCAACUGUAAGAAAUUAUUUUUAAGAUCUAUUUCAGUGAUUGUCCUUUCUUCAAUACUUUAAUUUUUUUUAAUUAAUUGAUAAAAUUUUGGUACACUUGACAGUUGAGUGACUGAAUAUUUUUAAAAAGUCGCGGCACUGUCUGAGAAUGCCUUUCAUAUCAACUGAUUAAUUAAAUUGUAAAAAAAUGAAUUACAAUAAUUAUAACUUGGAAAAAACCAAGAGGUACAAGUGAAUUAAUUAAAUAUUUAUUAGUUUAAUUAAUAAGUAAUUGGGUAGUAAGUAAAUAAUAAAUGUUUAAUUAAAAAUCUAAAAAUAAAAUUAUAUGAAUUAAGAGAACAUUUAUUUAUUGUUUUGAAUAAAACAUUGUAACGAUUACAUUAAAGUUAUCGAAGCGUACAAAGCUUUUUUUGUUAUUGUAUUUCAUAGAAUAAAUGAAACUUAAUUAAAUAUAAAGAAGCUCCUAAAUAAAGGAGUACAGUUGUAAAGAUAACAAUUGUUAUAAAAUAAUUGCCAGUACGAACGCAUUUUGAGUAAAUAAAAAUAAAAAUAAUAAAAACACAUUAAUAAUACAUUCGAUUGAAUACUGACUGAAUUAACUCAAAUAAUUAUUGAAAGCUUUAAAUUAUGCACCACAAAAAUAAUUAUCAUCACCCUGUAUAUCGUACUUUUUAUUUUAAUUUAAAAGUAAUUUUAUUUCAAAUCCUUUGACUUUUUUUUAUAAUAAAAUUCACCAUUAUAUCAUUAAAAGGCACGACUUAUUAAAAGUUUUUGUUUUAAAUCAGAUGAUUUAGAUAAAAGAGGCAUGUUAAAAUUUUUUUUUAUAUCAUGACGAUAAAAGCUAGCUCAUGAAAUUUAUAUUUUUAAAAUACCAAUAACAUAACUGUGAAAUUCAUUACAUUAAUUUCCAGUCAGAAAAAGUUUACUUUUCACUUUUUAUUAUUUUUGAUUAAAGUAAAAGCUUUAGUUUUAUUUAUUCUUUCAAGUACUAGCUGCGUUUCUAAUCUCAGUACUUUGAAUUUCUAUCCUAGUCUAAUAUUUAAAAAGAAAAUUAAAUAUCAAUUAUUAUUUAAAUAAAAAGUU